AUGUCCACAAACAGACCCUUCCUGGCCAACUUCCUGGCCGCCUUUCGAGCCCAAUCCUCAUCCAACUUCAAGGCCUCUUCCUCAUCUACCACCGUCUCCUCCACCACACAAAACGCGAGAACUAUAGCUACCAAGGCUAGUUCACCUUCACCUAGUCCUUCAUCUCCUUCAGCUUCGGGCUCGGCAACAGCAGCAGCAGCAGCCGCCGCCGCCGCAUCCGCAUCCGCUACAGAACCAGGGUCCUCACCGAACACCACCACAAACCGCUCCUCCUCACCAACAACCGAAACCUACCCAUCCUCCUCCUCGCCCAUCCCCAUCACAAACACCAACGCCAACGCCGCCGCCAACACACCCACAGUCUCAGAGUACCACCAGCGCCGCCGCGGAAGCGACAGUUCCAGCGGCUCCGGAGGGGGUAGCGGCGGCGGAGGAUUCCGCGAUGCUCUAGGCCCUGAGAAGUGGUAUAUUGGGGGACGAUCGCCGGGUGGGGAGGAGAGGUUUUAUCGGUUGGGGAUGGUUACGAAGGGGGGUGGGAGAUUAGGGGCUAUGGCUAGGGUGGGGAGUUUUGAUCAGUUGAGUUUGUGA